ACUCUGGAUAGGCCGCCCGCCCCUCAGGGCGUGGCCGUCAGGGAACUGGUCGCGGCGAGCGGCUGGGAGGGUCCGCAGCGUAGCUGGCGGCAUGGACGCGGCCGCGCCGCGGCUCCUUUAAGCCUCCGGCCCCGCCCCCACCGCCCCGUCCCCGGCGGCGGCCUGGGUCUGGUUGGCGGCGGGGUCGGGUCCGCGCGGACCGUGAUGGAGCUGCACAUCCUAGAGCACCGGGUGCGGGUGCUGAGCCUCGCCCGCCCAGGUCUCUGGCUUUACACCCACCCGCUCAUCAAGCUACUCUUCCUGCCCCGCCGCAGCCGAUGGGGACAGUUCCUUCCUGGCGACUGCGGGGAGCUUCUUCCAGACGCCUUCCAUCGGGUCAGAGGGGCUGGUCUAGGGGGCCCGAAGUCCAACGCCCCCAGGGCUGUAGCGGCGGGUGCAAGUUCUUCAGCCUGACGGAGACCCCUGAGGAUUACACGCUCAUGGUGGACGAGGAGGGCUUCAAAGAGCUACCCCCGUCUGAGUUCCUUCAAGUGGCUGAGGCCACAUGGCUGGUGCUGAAUGUGUCAUCCAACAGUGGUGCAGCAGUGCAGGCUGCUGGGGUCACCAAAAUCGCCCGCUCAGUCAUUGCGCCAUUGGCAGAGCACCACGUGUCUGUGCUGAUGCUGUCCACUUACCAGACAGACUUCAUCCUGGUGCGGGAACAGGACCUGUCCGUGGUGAUCCACACGCUAUCCCAGGAGUUCGACAUUUAUCGAGAAGUGGGCGGGGAGCCUGUGCCUGUUCCCAGGGAUGAUUCCAGCAAUGGCUUUCCCCGUUCUCAGCAUGCAGGGCCCAGCCCCACCGUGCAUCCCAUUCAGAGCCCACAGAACCGCUUCUGUGUCCUCACACUGGACCCUGAGACGCUGCCAGCCAUUGCUACCACGCUCAUCGAUGUUCUCUUCUACUCCUACAGUGCGCCCAAGGAGGCAGCCUCUGGAGGCCCUGGACCCAGCUCCAUUACAUUCUUUGCCUUCUCCCUCAUCGAGGGCUACAUCUCCAUCGUCAUGGACGCCGAGACACAGAAAAAGUUCCCCAGUGAUCUCCUGCUGACCAGCUCCUCGGGGGAGCUGUGGAGGAUGGUGCGCAUUGGUGGACAGCCCCUGGGCUUUGAUGAGUGUGGGAUCGUGGCCCAGAUCGCAGGCCCCCUGGCUGCGGCUGACAUCUCUGCCUACUACAUCAGCACCUUCAACUUUGACCAUGCCCUGGUGCCUGAGGAUGGCAUCGGCAGUGUCAUUGAGGUCCUCCAGCGACGGCAGGACGGCCAGGGCUCCUGAGGCCUCCAUGCUCACCCUUCGCCCCAGGCUUCCAGAGACUUCUCUAAGCUAUUUCCUCAAGCUCUGGGAUGAGCCCUAUCCACCCGCAUUCCUGCGGGGGGACCCCUCCUUCUGCUCUCUGUAUGUAAGCUGCGUGCAGGCACCGGCUCUAACGUGGACACGCGUGUCUGCCCACGCAGGGGAACACGGUGCUCUGGGCUUCCUCCGGGAACCCCUUUCCCCAUCACUCCCUGCGAGGCCUCAGCGUUUGCACAGUCCCUGCCUGAGGUCCGAGCCCUCCCCCCCACUCAGCGCCCUGGGCCAGCUGCUCCCUAGAUAGGGCCCCGAUUUCCGUUCUGCCUCUGGCUGGGUUGCCUUCCCUGGCCAGGUGAUUCUGACAGUGCCUGCCCCUUUGGGGGCCUCCGAGAAAAGUAUUUUUACAUCUUUCUCCCUUUUUUAUUGACUUGUUAAUAAAGGGCUUGUAGUUAC